AUGAGCUGCUACUAUGGCAACUACUAUGGUGGGCUGGGCUAUGGCUAUGGUGGCCUAGGCUGUGGCUUUGGCUAUGGCUGUGGCUAUGGUGGCUAUGGCUAUGGUGGUCUAGGCUGUGGUUAUGGUGACUAUGGUGGCUAUGGUUAUGGAUGCUGCCGCCCACUCUACUAUAGAAGAUACUAUUCCUAUGGCUUCUACUGA